CAAACAGUUGCACGCUGUCACUAGGAACGAACGGUCACACGACGAACAUCCCGUCCCGUGUGGAGUGAGUUAAUAACGUCUUGCGAAGUGCGCGCGCGGUAAAUUGUUCCUGUCUUGAUCCUGGCCUUGAGUGAUGUCACUGAGCAAUUUUUGUUGGCGGCAUUGAGAGUUUUCUCUUUCACCACAAUAACCAAAAACGAAACUAAUCAAUCCAAGCAAAGUAGGCUGGAGCUAAUAGUGAUAAGAAUUUAAAUUUAAGGAAGAAAAAAAUUCAGCCGCUUCCGGAAGAAGAAGUUUCUUAGAGCGUGUGAGAAAUUGCGACGCGUAAUGAUGGGUCGCCUGCUGUGAUUACGCGACGUGACAUGGUCAGAAGAACCACACCAUCGUGUCGUCGGUGUUGAUAAAGUAGAGGUACAUUGAUGGUGGGCAAAGUGUAAUCAUAUCAUCGUGCCGCGUAAUAUAUCUGAUUACUUUAAUUAAAUUAGGAGUGAGGAAGAGUUGAGCUUGCCAGUUUAUAGUUUUGCGGUCAGAGACGGAUGAAAUCACACCAAUUUCCGAGAUCACUGGUGGAAGGAGAUGAAUUUCUGACCUUGGGUAAUAAGCGCGAAAGUGUGAGCUGGAUUAAAUUUGAUCAAUUGUGUUUCUGCUCGUGGAAUUUGGCGUCUAAAAACGAAUUGGAUUUUGGUUCACGCCUUAGAAUUUUAACAUAUAGGGAAAAACGUAUAGUAGGACUAUUAAAGUGAUCGUUCCAAUGAAUUAAUCCAGCCGGCAACGAUUUCCAGCGUGUGGCACUUUUUAUUACGACCAGGGCACGGCUCACAAGAUGAACAACGCGAGCGGCAAGAUGCAAAUACGGGAGAGCUUCGCGAUGGCGCCGGAUGGUGGACCAGUGGUUGGUGCCUACAGCGAAAGCCGAGGGUUUUUCAUAACCCGUAUGGCACUGCUGACAACGGUGGCAAUUUUCAGUUGUUUACUGGUGGGCACAGGACUUCUCAUAUAUCAGUUCGCCAGUUGCCAGCAGGAUGCACCGGUUCAUGCCAGCAUUUGUGAUCAUCCCUCCUUCCAUCAUUAUCCGUCAUCAAGUUCCAAUAAUGUGUCGUGGAAACAUCAUCUUCCUGACACAACAACGGAUUCAUCAACAUCAACGACCACCUCCUCGACAGCAGCAUCCUUGAGCACAACAGCCAGUAAUAGUGGCGCUGUACCACAGGAUGUUCCGGAUUCCUCUGAGUCACCGCCUUCCGACCAAGGCAAUGUUCGGUUACCGAGGUCGAUCGAACCUGUGGCAUACAAUAUCAAACUGAUUCCAUUCAUUUUCGAGAACAAUUUCACCUUCGACGGAAGUGUCGACAUUAAAGUGCGGGUAGUGGAAGAUUGUGACAACAUAACGCUACAUGCGGUGGCUUUAAAAAUUCACGAUGCUCAGGUCUGGCGGCAGCAGAGCAAAGAUAGUGAAAAUGAUCUGGCAGCCCCCACGGAACAGCUUGGAAUCGAGAAACAGUUUAUCGUGGAAAGUCAGCAAUUUUUCGUUUUGAAACUGAAACGGAAGUUACAUGCCGGAGAUGAACUAUCGAUUGUGAUAAAAUAUACUGGGUUUUUGAACGAAUAUCUUCAAGGGUUUUAUCGGAGCUCCUACAACGUCAGAAAUGAAACGAUGUGGCUCGCAACUACCCAAUUUCAACCAACAGACGCUCGACGAGCUUUCCCUUGCUUCGAUGAACCAGCGCUAAAAGCGAAAUUCUCUCUUAGUUUAGCGAGACCUCAAAACAUGAUGACUUUGUCGAACAUGCCAAAGCAGAGAAGCUACAGUGCCGCACAAGAUGGUCUGCAGGACUACGUGUGGGACGUAUUUCAAGAAUCGGUACCCAUGUCCACGUACCUGGUGGCGUUUGUGGUCUGUGACUUUGUAAAUCUGUCUGCUGGGAAUUUUGCCGUUUGGGCCAAAUCGGAUGUUAUAAACUCUGCCCGCUAUGCGCUGGACGUGGGCCCCAAACUGCUAAAGUAUCUGGAAAAGUUUUUCGAUAUUUCCUAUCCCUUACCAAAGAUGGACAUGAUUGCUCUGCCAGAUUUCAGUGCCGGAGCGAUGGAAAACUGGGGCUUGAUAACCUAUCGAGAAACGGCGAUGCUUUAUGAGGAAAAUGUUUCCGCCAAUAAUAACAAACAACGAGUGGUCACAGUCGUUGCUCAUGAGUUGGCUCAUCAAUGGUUUGGGAAUCUCGUGACCCCAACCUGGUGGACAGAUCUUUGGCUGAACGAAGGUUUUGCCAGCUACAUGGAGUAUCUGGCAGUGGAUGCCGUUGAACCGGCCUGGAAGUCGAUGGAACAGUUUGUAGUCAAUGAACUUCACGCGGUGUUCUCGUUGGAUGCUCUAUCUUCAUCUCACCAGAUAUCGGUGGAGGUGCACAACCCGGAAGAAAUAAACGAAAUAUUCGAUAAAAUUUCGUAUGGUAAAGGUGCCGCCAUCAUUCGAAUGAUGGAUCAUUUCUUGACAUCCGAGGUAUUCCGGAAGGGUCUAACGAAUUAUUUGAAUGAAAAAAAAUAUCAGAGUGCUGACCAAGAUGAUUUAUGGACAUUCCUCACAGCUGAAGCCCGAAAAAGAAAUGUGUUCGACGAUCGUACCACUGUCAAGCAAAUUAUGGACACCUGGACGUUGCAGACCGGUUUUCCCAUAGUCACUGUCACUAGGGAUUACGAAACUAAAAAUAUUGAAUUCCACCAGCAGAGAUUUAUUUUCAUUGAACCAUCAAAUGGAACUUUGAAAAAUGGGAUAGAAGAAAAACCUCUUUGGUGGAUUCCCAUCACUUUCACUACUCUCGGAGAUACCGAGUUCAACAAUACAAAGCCGGAAAUAUGGAUGAAAGGGGAAGAAACGCUCAUCCUGCAAAGCAUGGAUAUUCCAAACCACGACUGGAUGAUAGUGAAUAUUCAACAAACUGGCUACUACAGAGUGAAUUACGAUCAACGAAAUUGGCAGAUCAUUUCUGAACAUUUGAUGGAUCCGCGAAAAUUUGCCGAAAUAGCACCUUCAAAUAGGGCACAGCUGAUCGACGACGCUCUAAAUCUGGCCCGCGGAGGGUACCUCAACUAUAGCACAGCGCUCAGCGUGACCCGCUAUUUGGUGCAUGAAACGGACUACGUGCCAUGGAAGGCGGCCAUUGGAUCGCUGAAUUUCAUCGAUUCGAUGCUCAUCAAAACGAGUAGCUAUGAUAAAUUUAAAAAAUAUUCAACCCAUCUGCUGAAACCCAUUUUCGCUAAAGUGGGAUUCGAGGAUCCCAAAAAUAGCCCUCUGUUGACCGUUUAUAAACGGGUCGAUGUACUUACUGCAGCUUGUCAUCUAGGGUACAAAGAAUGCGUCAGCAGGUGUGUUCAAAAAUUCUAUGAAUGGAUGCAUGAACCGAACCCCGACAUCAAUAAUCCGAUCUCACCGAAUCUGAAAAAUAUCGUGUACUGCACGGCAAUCAAGUACGGCGACCAGGCUGAGUGGGAGUUCGCCUGGGAUCGAUUCCACCGGACGACCAUCCCGAGCGAGAAGGAAAUUCUUCUCUCGGCUUUGGGCUGCUCGCGAGAAAUGUGGAUCCUGACGCGGUUCCUCGAAUACUCGAUGACCGACAAGUACGGUAUACGCAAGCAGGACGUGUUCAGGGUGUUCCUGUCGGUAUCGAACAACGUGAUCGGUCAACCGCUGGCAUUCAACUACAUCCGUAACAAUUGGCAAAAAAUGAAAGAUUACCUGGGAACCUCGAUGUCGAACUUGAACAUGAUUCUGAAAUUUUCAACCAAACGUUUCAACACUCGAUAUGAGCUCGAUGAGCUCAAAGAAUUUGCACAAAAACAUUUGAAAGACACGGGCCGAACAAUCCAACAGGCUAUCGAGAGGGCAGAAGCCAAUAUCCUCUGGAUGGAGUCCAAUGCCAAGACUAUUAUCGAAUGGCUGGAACAGCUAGAGUACGAUCCGGAUGAAUUGUAAACAUUUGUUAUAAUAGUUGAUAGGUACGCCUACACAAAAAAACGAUUUAUAAUUUCGGUUAAUUAGAAUCACCAAUGUCAACUAUUUGGAAAAAAAAGAGAUUAUGGCACAAAACAUCACGUUUAUUUGCAUAAAAGUUGUUAAAGAUAUAAAACUGUCAUAUGUUUUGCAGUUUGGUCGCCCAGAAUGCUCCAGUCACACGAAAUAUUCAACGUGAUUUUCUUUUCGGAUGAACGUCGAACAUACCACUAUUGUCGAUGGGUUAGAAUUAGUAAAAAGAAACUGUGAAGACUGUACAUUGAAUGUCACAAGAUAGAUCUAACAAAAAUCAGCGUCUCAAGCCAUUGUUAAACUUCCUACUCAUUCAAUGAAUCGCCCCAUUGAUCCUCUCUGCAGCCAGCCUUCUGAUUCAGAAGUGCUAUUAACUAUACCGUCACUUUGAGUGAAUCGAUCUUCUUUAGAAACAGUUCACGUACCAAUGAAUAAGCAUAAGAAAUAGAUGUUUAGUUUAGUUUUUUUGUAGUAACAUAGCUCUGUACUUAACAGACUCAUAAUUUUGGAAAAUAUAUCGAAUACUUCUAA